UUGUCGGCACACUAAUUGUAACUUGUCAAAAGUUGUCGCGAGUCACCAGAACACAAAGAACACAAACACUUAAUUUUAUAUUGACUUGCUGGAGGAAGUUUGUUUUGAUUAUUGUAACCUCAAACUGACUUGCGCAUGUCAUUGAAGCGAGGAGUCAGAUAGGAUAUAUGCGCUAGUGUGGCCAAAACCGUAAUUGUCAUGUGAAUUGUCACUUGUCAGUGAACCUUAGAGAAUUCCUUCGUGUAGAUCAUAGAGAAAGUAAAUUUUUACUUACUCUAUAGUGUGGAUCAGUGUAGGUACAUAGUUAUCGAGAUUAUUGUCCCUUACCAAGGAAAAGAAUUUAAAGAAAUUACAAUGUCGUACAUCACCGGCCCUGAAGUAGUUUCGUAUGCCUGCACCUGUGGGUUAAUAAAGCCACUUCCCAAACUAUAUUUCUGUAGGCAUUGCUCACAGAUUCGUUGCUCUUUUUGUGUAUGUUCUGAGGUGGAUUCUAUUUUCUGUGGAAAAUGUUCUGAGAAUAUUCCAUCUGCAGAGGCUACAAUGAAGAAAAACCGAUGUGCAAAUUGUUUAAUAUGUCCCAGUUGUCAACAAGAAUUAUCCACUAGGAUAGCAUCGAAAGGUCCAGCAAACCCUACCGAUGCCAAGUCCCCGAUAAAAAAGACCUACUAUUUGAGUUGCUAUUUUUGUAGAUGGAAUUCAAGAGACGUUGGCAUUCCAGAUCAACCGUCUGCCACUGGAGGUUGGCCGCAACGAGACAACGUCCAUAGUCACCGUUUACAAGAUGUAGUCGAUAGCUACAAGCAGAUUAUGUUGUCCCAAAAGCAUAAAAAAGAACACGAUAAAAAAAAGAAAAUUGGAAAAUUUGUCAGUUAUACUGAUAGAACUGGUGUCACCGCCUCAGCUCUUCGGAAAAAAAUUGGCAUUCCUGAUACCCCACAUGCACUCCUCAAAAAACCCAAAAUGCCGGAGCCUGCAGUGGCGUCAAACGAUGUAGACGAACUGCCUGAACAUUUAAUAACUACUCCAUUGAACUUAAUGGACAUAACGACAGUGGAACAGAGACUUCUGCAGCCUGAGUCUCAACCACUUACUGUCGACAAACUCUUUCCCGUGCGCAAGCAAUUGUCAAUCAAAAAGUCACUAAGAUGUCGUUGCUGUGAGCGCAACGUCAGCAAACCGGAAUUUAACCCCAGUUCGGUGAAAUUUAAGAUUCAAUUGUUUGCUUACUUUCACAUUCCUGAAGUUCGCAUAGUAUCGCUCAGUCCAUUAGUCGAAGGCGUUCCAAGCGAACUAAUUCUUAAAUUCACUAAUCCCACUCAGCAUCAAACUACCAUCACUCUAUUAAAUCUGGAUUUAGCAGAGCAAGAGAAUUACGUAAAAGAGCUAACCGUUUCGGAGGUCGCUGAAUGCUUGGAACAUUCAUUGUCAUUGCAGUCGAAACAGCCUGGAUCUCUAACAUCAAUCUCAGUUGGAUCCGGUAGUCAACCAUCUAGCUUAUUAUCGUUGACGCCUCGACAACCGUCUAUAACUGUGAAACCAAGAAAAAUUGAGCAGCAUGUUAAUUGUGAUGUAGAGAUGCCCGAAGGAGCAUUUGUUUUGCCGCCACGCGACGACGCCGCGGAGUAUGACGAGUCAAGUGACGUCCACAAUGUCGAGCAUGAUCCAAAACAUGUAGUAUGGCGAAAGUCUAACAAAGCAUUCAUCAAAUUACUUGUUGUGCCCAACGCCAAUCUGCAAGCAAACCAGGAUGUCGUAUGCGGUUUCUCAAUGGAACAUAUCUAUACCAACAUUUUGGUUGCUACUAUGGAAAACAAACAGCCCCAGAAAUCGCACCAUAGAGUGAGAAUUUUUUUUAAUUUGGGAAAAAUUACACGUGAGUAGUAUAUAUUUAUAUUAUGUAUACUAUAACAAUAGACAAAUUCACAGUU